AUGUGCCCUUCGUGCGAACCAGAGCCCGUCGCCAACGGGGCCACCAACGGACAUGCUAAUGGCCAAACCAACGGCAAUGGCACGUCAAGUGCAACUGGCAGCGAUCAUCCAGGCUUCACAGCCAUCGAGACCAAAUCAAACCCACAUCACCGGUCCAACCCAUACCAACCAGUCGGCGACUUCUUGAGCAACGUGAACAACUUCAAGAUCAUCGAGAGCACCCUCCGCGAGGGCGAGCAAUUCGCCAAUGCAUUCUUCGAUACUGAGACCAAGAUCAAGAUCGCCUUGGCGCUCGACGAUUUUGGUGUUGACUACAUUGAGUUGACUUCGCCUGCCGCAUCCGAGCAAUCAAGGCUUGACUGCGAGGCAAUUUGCAAGCUGGGAUUGAAGGCUAAGGUUCUUACCCAUAUCCGAUGCCAUAUGGACGAUGCUAGAAUUGCUGUCAAGACUGGUGUUGACGGAGUUGAUGUUGUUAUCGGCACUUCAUCAUACUUGAUGGAGCACUCCCACGGAAAGGACAUGACAUAUAUCACCAACACCGCUAUCGAAGUUAUCAACUACGUCAAGUCACAUAACAUCGAAAUUAGAUUUUCCAGUGAAGACUCUUUCCGGUCAAAUCUUGUCGACCUCCUCUCCAUUUAUUCUACAGUUGAUAAGAUCGGUGUCAACCGAGUUGGUAUCGCUGAUACCGUCGGCUGUGCCUCCCCCAGACAAGUCUAUGACCUGAUCAGAACACUCCGUGGCGUUGUUGGCUGCGAUAUUGAGACACAUUUCCACAACGAUACUGGCUGUGCAAUUGCAAAUGCCUAUUGUGCUCUCGAAGCCGGUGCCACCCAUAUCGACACUUCAGUCCUGGGUAUCGGUGAGCGAAAUGGUAUUACCCCUCUCGGUGGCCUUAUGGCACGCAUGAUUGUUGCCGACAGAGAUUAUGUUAUGGGCAAGUACAAGUUGCACAAGCUCAAGGAGAUUGAGGAUCUCGUUGCACAAGCUGUUGAGGUCAACAUCCCAUUCAACAACUACGUGACUGGCUUCUGCGCAUUCACCCACAAGGCGGGCAUCCACGCCAAGGCCAUUCUCAACAACCCAUCAACUUACGAGAUCAUCAACCCUGCUGAUUUCGGCAUGACGAGAUAUAUCCACAUUGCCUCGCGAUUGACUGGAUGGAAUGCUAUCAAGUCAAGAGCUACUCAAUUGAACCUUCACAUGACAGAUGAGCAAUAUAAGCAAUGCACAGUUAAGAUCAAGGCCAUGGCAGACGUACGGCCUCUCGCCAUCGACGAUACCGAUAGUAUCAUCAGCGCUUUCCACCGAGGACUCAAGCUGGGCACAGACGUCCCACUGCUACCAGAUCUGACUGAGGAGGAGCAGAAGCUGCUUGACGAGAAGGUCAAGGCUGAUGCGAUUGUGGCAUAG